AUGCAGUUCACCACCAAAUUCACCAGCUUCCUUGUGGCCAUCGCGUCUACGGCCGCUGUUGCACGCUCGAGCGUCAUUGCUCGUAACGACCUCGCAGCGUUGUCUGUGGUAUUUUUUGAUGACACCAAUCUGAGAGGCUCAGCAUACUCCCCCGACGGCCUCGUUCAGUCUGUCUGCAGCACACUGCCAGGCGACUGGCUUGACAGGGCAGAGAGUGUUGAGAUUGCAUCAGGAUUCACUUGCACAUUCUUCGAAUUCCAAGGAUGUGAAGGCCCUGGAACGACCCUCUCUGGAACCAUCAUGUCGCUUCCUGACCCAUCGCUUUACAACAACGUCGAAUCAUUCAGUUGCAACAAGGCAGUUUAA